AUGGCAGAACACAUCGGAUCGGAGAUCGGUCUUCCUUGCCUCGACGUGUUGCCUAGUGCCCCACAACACCACCCCUCAACCUCAAGCCUCCUUGCUCCAGUGCUCCAUCAACCUCAAGAUGUUGGUAAGCAAGGAGGAGGUGAGACUUUUGUAAUGAAGGGAUUCAAACUUUGGAAUAAGAAAAAGAAGUUAAAUUCCCAUGUUGGAGGAGUUAAUGGUGCUCAUAACCAAGCUGUCAAGAAGAGUGAAGAUCUAAUGAAGGAAAAGCAACACAUUCAAAGUGUUUUAGUUAAGCAAUCAAAUCAAGAUAAAAUUGAAUAUCAGGGAUUAGCUUUUCGCGGUCACGAUGAAUCUCAAGGUUCAAGUGAUAAAGGAAAUUCCCUUCAGCUUCUACAAUUUUUGGAGGAUCACAAUGAAUCUAUCAAUGAAUUGUUGCAAAAAGCUCCAAAAAAUUGCAAUAAUUUAGUAACUGUUGUUGGAGGCUCUUGUAAGAGAAGAAAUGCUCUUCGAGAUGCACAAUUUGCCAAAAUUAAAGAAGAUUUAGAGAAUGGUGUACGUAGAAGUGGGCAAGGUUUGAAUCAAGAGACAAAUUUUAAACGUCCUGGUAAUACACGUUGGGGAUCAUAUUAUGGGACUAUUCUCAACUUGAUUUUGAUAUUCUCUGCUAUUGUUGAUGUACUUGAGAUUAUUGAAGAAGAUGUCAUAGAUAUGCAACUUCAAGAGCUUAACAACCGUUUUUCAGAGGCGAAUACCGAUUUGCUACUUUGUAUGGCUUGCUUGAAUCCAAGAGAUUCAUUUGUAGCUUUUGAUAAGGAAAAUUUGAUACGUCUAGCAAAGUUCUAUCCAUCUGAUUUUCUUGGGACAGAUAUCUUGGCACUUGACUCUCAACUUCAGAAUUACAUUUUUGAUAUGUGUAACAAUGACUUGUUUUUAGAGCUUCAAGGAGUUAGUGAACUUGCUGAAAAGUUAGUGAACACAGGGAAGCAUGAGACUUAA